AUGAACAGGAUAUUUGGAUCGUCCUCCAGUAAGAAACCUAAGCCAACCCUUCAGGAUGCUAUCAGCUCGACUGACACGCGGAUGGCAUCCAUCGAGGUGAAGGUGAAGAAGUUGGACGGCGAGCUGGCGCGUUACAAGGAGCAGAUGAGCAAGCUACGCAAUGGACCUGGGAAGGACGCUAUCCAGCAACGGGCAUUACGCACGCUGAAGCAGAAGCGCAUGUAUGAAUCGCAGCUUGCGCAGUUAACACAACAGACAUUCAACAUGGAAUCGGCAGCCCUCGCAACCGAGAAUCUGCGGAAUACCAUGGCGACCGUUGAUGCUAUGAAGACUGCGAACAAGGAGCUCAAGCGCCAGUACGGGAAGAUCGAUAUUGACAAAAUCGAAAACAUCCAUUAUGAAAUGGAAGACUUGCUAGAACAAGCAAACGAAAUACAAGAGUCGUUGGGUCGUUCCUAUGCUGUCCCGGAUGAAAUAGACGAAGCGGACCUUGAGGCUGGUUAG